UACACCCCUUGAUUGUUCGUUCGUUAGGAACUAAAUGAGAAAAGAAGAUAUAGAGAAUGAGUAGUUGUUUGGUUCAGCCAUGCCCAUGGGUGAGUGUAACCCCAAUUCUGGGGGCGGUGGAGUCAUGUUCAACCAUGGCGGAACUGAAGCAACACCAUUCCCUACUCCUUCGCAUGGGUCUCUCCACCGACAACCAUGCCAUGUCUCGCAUCAUCACCUUCUGCUCUCUCUCCAAAAACGGCGACUUAAACUACGCUCUCAGGGUUUUCUCCACCAUUCCCAACCCAGACACCUUUCUCUACAAUACUCUAAUCAAAGCCUAUCUGCACUCCCAAAUCCCCUUCAAUUCCAUUCUCUUGUACACCCACAUGUUGGAACAAUCUCUCACGCCCAACAGUUUUACUUUUCCCUCCGUUAUAAGGGCUUGUUCGGCUCACCAAGCAAAACAGCUUCAUGCCCAUGUUCUCAAAUUCGGGUUUGGAGCUGACGUCUUUGCUCUUAAUAAUCUGAUUCACGUUUACGUUAGUUUUCGUUCCUUGGAUGAAGCCCGGAAGGUGUUUGAUAAAAUGCCUGUUCGAAAUGUUGUGUCUUGGACCAGCAUCAUUUCUGGGUACUCUCGGUGGGGAUUUGUGGACGAGGCUUUCCGUGUUUUUGAGCUCAUGCCCCACAAGAACUCUGCUUCUUGGAAUGCCAUGAUUGCUUCUUUUGUCCAAAGCAAUCGUUUUCAGGAGGCGUUUGCUUUGUUUCAUAGGAUGCGGCGGGAGAAGGUGGAGUUGGAUAAGUUUGUGGCUGCUAGCAUGCUUUCUGCUUGUACAGGACUCGGUGCUUUAGAACAAGGGAAGUGGAUACAUAGAUACGUUGAGAGGAGUGGGAUUGAGUUGGACUCAAAACUUGCUACAACCAUUGUUGCCAUGUAUUGUAAGUGUGGUUGUUUGGAGAAGGCGUUUCAAGUGUUUAAUGGGUUGCCGGAGAAAGGAGUUUCUUCAUGGAAUUGCAUGAUUGGAGGGCUUGCAAUGCAUGGGAGAGGAGAGGAUGCCAUUAGGCUUUUUAGGGAGAUGGAGAAAGAAAUGAUUGCCCCUGACAGCAUCACUUUUGUGAAUGUCCUCACAGCAUGUGCUCAUUCGGGAUUGGUUGAGGAAGGGCGUCAUUACUUCCGUUACAUGACUGAUGUUCAUGGCAUUGAGCCCACCAGGGAGCAUUAUGGUUGCAUGGUUGAUUUGCUUGCUAGGGAUGGAAGGCUAGAUGAAGCAAGAAAGGUCAUAGAUGAGAUGCCCGUGACUCCUGAUGCCGGUGUUUUAGGUGCCCUUCUUGGAGCUUGUAAAAUCCAUGGAAACUUCGAGUUAGGAGAGCAGGUGGGUAAGAGAGUGAUUGAACUUGAGCCUGGAAAUAGUGGGCGUUAUGUAAUACUAGCUAAUAUAUAUGCAAAUUGUGGUAAAUGGGAAGAAGUUGCUAGUGUGAGGAAAUUAAUGAAUGAUAGGGGAGUGAAGAAGGCACCGGGCUUUUCCAUGAUUGAAAUGGAGGGCAUUGUUAAUGAGUUUGUUGCAGGGGGAAGGGCUCAUCCUCUAGCUAAAGAAAUACAUGCCAAAGUUGAUGAGAUGUUGGAAUCAAUCAGGUUGGUUGGUUAUGUUCCUGUCACUGAUGGUGUGUUACAUGAUCUUGUUGAGGAAGAAAGGGAGAAUCCCCUUUUUUACCAUAGUGAGAAACUUGCAAUUGCUUAUGGUUUGUUAAAGACUAAACGAGGAGAAACCCUUCGUAUCACCAAGAAUCUGAGGGUUUGUAAAGAUUGUCACCAAGCAUGUAAACUGAUCUCGAAGGUUUAUGAUUGUAAUAUAAUAAUAAGGGACAGGAACCGUUUCCACCAUUUUAGCAAAGGAGAAUGUUCUUGUAAAGACUAUUGGUAACUAAUUUGCAAUUAGUUACAGGCUCUUUUUUUUUUUUUUUUUUUUUUUAAUGUAUAAAUUUUGUAUCUCACGUGUACCCAAAAGCAAAGCAGCAUGCUUCACAUAUAUCUCUGUAUCAAAUCAUCAGU